UUCAGUAGGGCUGUUUCCAUCUCACCCCGCCUCUGGCACUACACGUUUCAAAAUUGCCUUUUUUCUCGCCGCCAGGCCUUGCCCAACGCGUGCCACUCCCCGGCUUGCCCUCGGUAGCGCGGUGCGUUGUGGACACCGUAGUUUCCGCCGCGUCUAAGACUGGGUUAAGCCUGAGUACUGCGGUUCUCAGACAGGAAUGUAACAGACACCAGAGAAUCCCUUCUUUGUCUCCUGGCUUAGGACUCAGGACUGAUGUUGGAUAUCGCCCGAUCAUUGCUUUUGUUGCUGUUGGUAGCCUCCAAAGCAGAACCUUGGUUUGACUGUAAUACAAAAGGAGUCUCCUUUUUUAAAAAGUGGCGCUUCCACCCACUACUCUAAACCCCAAUUCCUUAAUUUUGUUGUGGAAGUAGGCUUUUCGGAACAUCUUGAUCACAGGUGCUGAUCUCAUUGCAUAAUGAAUUUUUUGUUGUCAGGUAUUCAAAGCUUUUCUAAGCUUUGGAAGUGCAGCCCAUGCUUUGGGCUAAGCCCAGGGCACUCUUGCUGCUUCUUCCUCUCAGACUACUGUGGCAUCAGGAACCAACAGAGAUGGUUUUCUCUCAAAAGCAUGUCUCCACAAAGUACCAAAGCUGGGAACGCAUCAAUUGCCAAGGCCAGAUAUCUCAGGAAAGGAGAUGAGGGCAGUAAUAAGCAAGUUUCUUCUGAUUCUCCUCAUCUUUUUGCAGCCGGAGCAGCUAAAAAGAGAUCACAGAUGAAUCCUCAGAGUAACGAUCAAGUCUUGUCACCUCUGAAGAAUAUUUCUAUUCAACUCCCAACAAAACCUUUGAAUUCCGAGGAGUGGGAUAAACUUAAGGAAGACUUUAAAGGAAAGGCCAAUUUUGAAAAUUGGAUAAGUUCACAGAUGGCUCACUGCCAUAGCCCUAUAGAUGUGGCUAAAUCUCUGCUGGCAUGGGUAGCAGCAAAAAACAAUGGUAUUGUAGGCUAUAAUUUACUGGUCAGGUAUUUGUAUCUCUGUGUCUUUCAUAAACAGACUUCAGAAGUUAUUGAUGUCUAUGAAAUCAUGAGAGCCAGAUACAAGAGGUUAGAAUCUGGGGGUUACAGUCUUCUCAUUCGGGGAUUGAUGCAUUCAGACAGAUGGAGAGAGGCCUUGAUGCUAUUAGAAGAUAUUAAAAAAGUCAUGACCCCUUCAAUAAAGAACUAUAAUGACUGUAUCCAAGGGGCUCUCCUUCAUCAAGAUGUGAACACAGCCUGGAAUUUGUAUCAGGAAUUGCUAGGUCAUGAUCUUAUUCCUAUGUUGGAAACUUUAAAAGCCUUCUUUGAUUUUGGAAAAGACAUAAAAGAUGAUCACUAUUCCAGCAAACUACUUGACAUUCUUUUGUAUUUAAGAAAUAAUCAGCUAUAUCCUGGGGAGUCAUUUGCACACAGUAUAAAAACAUGGUUUGAGAGUGUUCCUGGAAAACAAUGGAAAGGACAAUUCACCACAAUCCAGAAAAGUGGUCAGUGUUCAUGCUGUGGAAAAACCAUGGAGUCUAUUCAUCUGAGUCCAGAAGAGUAUGAAUUUCUUAAGAGAAAAAUCAUAAGGGAUGUAAUAGAUGGAGGAGACCAAUAUAAAAAGACAACACCUCAGGAACUGAAGAGGUUUGAGAACUUUGUAAAAUCCUGUCCUCCUUUUGAUAUAGUCAUUGAUGGCCUCAAUGUUGCCAAAAUGUUUCCUAAAGCUCGUGAAUCUCAAGUUCUCUUGGAUGUAGUUUCUCAACUAGCCAAACAGAAUCUGCAACUGCUGAUCCUGGGCCGGAAGCACAUGCUAACACAGCGUUUCCGGUGGAGAAAGGAUGAGAUGGAAAAAGUGCAAAAGCAAGCCAGCUGUUUUUUUGCUGAUGACAUCUCAGAAGAUGAUCCAUUCCUUCUAUAUGCCACACUGAAUUCGGGGAAUCACUGCAAGUUUAUCACAAAAGACCUAAUGCGGGAUCACAAGGCCUGUCUACCUGAUAUCAAGACCCAACGUCUAUUCUUUAAGUGGCAGCAAGGACAUCAGCUGGCAAUUAUAAAUAGGUUUCCAGGAUCAAAAAUAACCUUUCAGCAUAUUCUCACCUAUGACACAGUGGUGCAAACAACUGGAGACUCCUGGCACAUACCAUAUGAUGAAGACCUGGUGGAAAGAUAUUCCUAUGAAGUGCCAACCAAAUGGCUUUGUCUUCACCGAAAGACAUAAAGACUCUUACCCCUAUGCUAAAUUUGUGUUUAGUGCCCUCCUUUGUUAGCAUCAGAGCUCUGGUGUUUUUAUUGUUUUGUGGGUUUUUUUAGCACUGGGAUUAGACCCAGAGGCACUCUACCACUGAGAUACAUCCACAGCCCUUUUUGUUUUUUAUUUUGAGAUAGGGUCUCACUAAGUUGAGGGCCUCAGCCUCCUAAGUUGUGGGGAGUGCCUGGCAGCUUCAGAGCUGUUUAAUGCUCGCUUAGAGCAUUGCCUCUGUCCUGAAGAUAAAAGGGUUUUAUUAAUACUGUUUGGUUCUAUUGGUUUAUAUGUCAAUAAAUUGUUAUUUUAAGUAAA